AUGAUGGCAUCUACAAAUGAGGAGGAUCCGUUCCUCCAAGUGCAAGCUGAUGUGUUGUCCCUACUCAACCAAACGCGCCCGCUGUUCUCGUCCUAUCUUCGAAUACGCUCUUCGGCCUCAUCAGCACAAUCUCCGGAGCUGCUAGAAGCGCGAGGUGACCUUGAAUCCACGCUCAAGGAGCUGUCCGAGGACUUAGCAGACCUGAUCCAAAGUGUUAAAGCUAUUGAGCAGGAUCCGUAUAAGUUUGGUGUCGAGCUCGAUGAAGUUGCACGGAGGCGAAGGCUGGUAGAAGAAGUAGGCGGCGAGAUCGAAGAUAUGCGUGAGGAGUUGGGCAAAACCAUUCAAGAAGCAAAAAAUAAAGGCAAUGGGAGUGCGCUGCCUGAUCCGGACACGUUUGAUGACGAGGAAGAUGGAUACGCAAUGUUCGAGCAAGAGAGGCAACAGGAGAUCAUGGCAGAACAGGACGAAGCAUUAGAUGGCGUGUUUCGAACGGUUGGGAAUUUGCGACAGCAAGCAGAUGCUAUGGGACAAGAAUUGGAUGAGCAAGCCCAGAUGCUCCACGAAGUGGAUACAAUCACGGACCGCGUCGGAGGGAAGAUUCAAAGUGGCAUGAAGAAAGUCCAGUGGGUCAUAAAGAAAAACGAAGGACAAGGGCUCAUGUUGGCAGACACGUAUUCAAGUUGCUGCAUUGCGGUUCUGAUUGUCGUUCUGAUCAUACUACUAAUAAUAGUCGUUGUGAUAUGA